GUUUGAAGGUACUGAAAUUGUCGCUCGUGAGCCGCCGUAGCGCAGUGAUAAAUAAGGCGGAAGCGGAAGUUCCGCCCUUUUCCCUCCUCGCUCGCAGCCCGUAAUCCGCCGGGAGAAUGCCGCGCAAAAUCGAAGAGAUUAAAGAUUUCCUGCUGACGGCCAGGAGAAAAGACGCAAAGUCUGUUAAGAUCAAGAAGAACAAGGACAAUGUGAAGUUUAAGGUGCGCUGCAGCAGAUACCUGUACACACUCGUCAUCACAGACAAGGAGAAGGCAGAGAAGCUCAAACAGUCUUUACCCCCUGGUCUGGCUGUCAAGGAGCUGAAGUAGAUGCUUCACUUGUGCACAAAUUCUGUAAUAAAAAUGUGUAAAAUCUA